AUGUCUUCCGAGUUACGUUACACGGCGAACACGCAGCUUGAGCACCUCCACGCACGGUACACCGGCACAGGUCAUGCCGACUUGAGCAAGUACGACUGGCUCACGCACCAGCACCGCGACACGCUAUCUUCGAUCGUCGGCCACCCGUCGCUUCUUUCCUACGUAUCCAUUGCGGACGGUGAGGCCACGGGCCGUGUUAAAUUUGAACUCACGGAGCGCAUGCUGCAGCCUUGCGGUCCUCCGCCGGCCAAAGACGAGGACUGA